AUGGCAAAGUUAAACAUGCGGCUCCCUCGCAAGCCCAAGUUCCUCCGCGGCGUCCCCAACAACAGCAUCCUCGCCAUAUCCUCCCUCGUCCUCGUCAACGCCCUCUUCUGGGCCGCCUGCGCCGUCGUGCUGCACUUCCACCCCAAGCUCAUCUCGCCCGCCGCGCUGUCCUACUCGCUCGGUCUGCGGCACGCGCUCGACGCCGACCACAUCUCGGCCAUUGACCUAAUGACGCGGCGCCUCAUCGCCUCGGGCCAGCGCCCCGCGACCGUCGGCACCUUCUUCUCGCUCGGCCACAGCACCAUUGUCAUCGUCACCUGCGUCGUCGUCGCCGCCACCAGCGGCGCGCUGCGCGACCGCUUCGACGGCUUCGCCCGCGUCGGCAACAUUGUCGGCACCUCCGUCAGCGCCGCGUUCCUCAUCAUCCUGUGCAUCGGCAACGGAUGGGUCCUGUACAAGCUCGUCCGCCGCCUGCAGCAGGUCCUGGCCGAGCGCCGCCGCGACGAGGAGGAUGGCGGCGACGGGAGGAUGGUGACCGAGUACGACGCCGAGGCGACGGCGAGCGGCCAGUUCAACCUCGAGGGCGGCGGCUUCAUGGCAAAGGUGCUGGGGUUCCUGUUCAAGGCCAUCGAUCGGCCGUGGAAAAUGUACCCGCUAGGCGUCGUCUUUGGCCUGGGCUUUGACACAAGCUCCGAGAUUGCCAUUCUCGGAAUUGCCAGCAUCCAGGCCGUUCAAGGAACCAGUAUCUGGCUAAUUCUCAUAUUCCCCAUUUUAUUCACAUCGGGCAUGUGUCUGCUGGAUACUACUGAUGGUGCGCUCAUGAUGGCCCUGUACUCGUCCAAGGCAUUCUCACGAGACGUUGUGGCCAUUUUAUACUACUCCAUUGUACUCACAGGCAUCACCGUCUUUGUCGCGGCUUUUAUCGGCAUUAUUCAGGUGCUGUCACUGGUACAAAAUGUUGCAGAGCCGGAGGGAAGCUUUUGGGACGGCGUCUCUGCUAUAGGCGACCAUUUCGACAUUGUCGGUGGCAGUAUUGUCGGCGUGUUCGUCGUGGUAGGAUUGGGCUCGAUCCUUGUGUAUCGACCUUGGAGACGUCGUAUGGAGCGUAAACGACAGGGCUUGGCAGCUUCUGCUGAUGCUGGAUUGAGAGAUGCCGAGGUCCCUGAGACACCACUUUCGCAAGACGAAGCAACACCUCGCCAUUUAAUGGACUGA